UGAUUUUACCCCACGCCCCUACGUGAAACUAAUCCCGUCAGAAAUAGAACUAUAGGCAGAAUAGGCUAGUCGUCUGCGCAGUUGUACUAAAUAGAUUUAGCCUAACUGGUCAUGUCAAAGAAGUCGGUAACAUUUUUGAUAGUGGAUGCGUUGGAAUCUUUGCCGCCCGAAAGUGUGAAGAAAUUCAAAAGAAAGUUAUGUGAGCGGGAUGACUUUAACAGGCGGGCGGUCGACAGUGCAGAUGAGAUGGACUUGGCCGAUCUUUUGGUGUCGAGAUGUGGUACAGAAUCGAAGGCAGCGCAACUAACCAUUGAGCUCUUUAAUAGUCUUGGAUGUGUGAAGGAAGCCAAGAAGCUCGAAGACCAAGUUUUGAGUAGAGAUGGUCCUCAAGGCGCCACUGGAGGUGGAGCUCCUAGUGGAGAUGGCAGCUCUGCAGGCUACACAUCGAAAUACAUGAUCGGAGGUGAGCACUUCAUUGACAAGCAUCGUACCUCGCUGACCGAGAGAAUCACCGCAGUGGAGCCCAUCUUGGAUCGCCUGCUGAAUAAAAAAAUCAUCACCCAGGAGAACUAUACUGACAUCCGCUGCCUGAACACCAGUUACAAGAAGAUGAGGGAGCUCUUUGAAAUGGGCAAUAUUCGCUGCAGCUUAAAAGGCAAAGACUGCCUGUAUGAGGUGCUGAUGGAGGCGGAGCCCUUUGUCAUGGAGGACCUCAAGGAGAGAUCCUAAUUCCAACGACAGCACCACACCUGUGCCACUGAUAGUCAUUUCCAACGACAGUACCACACCUGUGCCACUGAUAGUCAAAGUCCAGCCACUGAUAGUCAAAGUCCAGACCCUAAACAGAGCCGUGUGCAAUGGCCCACCAAAAUGUUUACUUUAAUAGGAGCCCUUGGCACUUCCUGUAGGGACCCCUUGAUACCAGCGGUAGCUGGGUGGCACUCUUCCCUCUGGCCAAAAAUCGAUCUCAGUGCCCCAGUGUAGUGCAGGGACACUGCAGGAGAUGCCGUCCUUGUGAAAGGCUGAGGUCCUGAAUCACUGUGAUCAUUAAAGAUCCCAUGGCACUUAUCGCAAAGAGUAAGGGCUUCCCCAGAGUCCUGGUUAAAUUCCCAACCUGGCCCUUUUAAUCUGGUCCCCUAAUCAUCCCCCAGUGGGACUGGCUCAUUCAUUCCCUCCCUCUCCACCUCAAGCUGAUGUGUUUUGAGUGUCCUGGCCGAUAACGGCUGUCGUGCAUUACCCCUGGUGGGUGCUACACAUUGGUGGGGGUUUGUGCGGUUCCCCCUUCACUGUGAAGUGCUUUGGGUGUCUUACAAAGCGCUGUACAAAUGCAGUGUGUUCUUAAAUUGAAAGACCUUUCCUCUGAUUGAAGAGAAGAAAAGAUUCCGUACAUGUUGACCCACCAGGAGCUUGGGACCAGCUCAUUGCCAAACUUGGAGGACUUGAUUUUGAUCCAGAGUAUAUCAUUUGUCUUAUCAGUGGCUGGACUUUGAUGAAUGUAAGUCCUCAAGGAAUGGGGUAGAGGAGUCUCCCAACCUCAUAUUUAGGGGUUUUUUUUUAAUUCACUCAAUAGUUUUUUUUUCUCCCAAAUGGAAGCUGUAUACACACAGCGAUAUGUGAUGUUGAUGUGAUUUGAGGCUCAAAUCCCUUUGAUGUUAAUGUGUGCAUGUGCUAUAUGCUCACAUCUUUAUAUCUAGUACUCUAUCCUACUCUUUGCAUGUCUGUCUCUCCUGGGCCACCGGACUACGUAUCUACACAAAGUCUUAGAUUGAAUUUUUAGUUGCAUCCUUGGCAUGUUUCAAAUGAAGUGUGCCCAUCAAUGAGUGCUAAGAGUUCAUAUAUGGCAAAUUAAAAAUGAUAAACACU